AGAUAUGUACACUUUUCAGCUUAUUUGGCAACUUGUGUUUGACUAUCAGGUCUACCAUUGGCACCAUGUGGAAGAGCUUAAAAGCAAGGGACCCAUUUAUGAUAUUCACAGGAAAACCAAUCUUGCAUUUUCACCCCGAAACUGAAGGAUCUGACCAGUAUCCAUCAUCUGUACUUAAAGUUUUGCCAUUUAUCAUGAUCUGUGAUGUGAUUGGAGAGCUACCUCAGAGGAUUACCAGACAAAGGCAUCAGUCGUUUCAGGUUCUGCAGCCUACGCACUUGCUCGACUGGACAUUUAAUAACCACGUUAACGUGCUUGUUCUAGCACCUUCUUUCUUUCGCAGCCGUUACAUAAAGUCGCUUCCUGGAGUUUUUCCAGAGGCUGAAUGAAAUAAAUUAGAGCUGAGCUGGAGCUGGGUAGAAAUGACUCCCAGCAGGUCAAAGAAUUCCCAUAGGGUACACUCUGACAGGAGGAUGAACCCCCUUCUUCUGCCCCGGGGUCAGUGGUCAGAGUCUGCACAACAAACCGUCAGGUGAGGGGUUUGAAGGAGUUAAAACGAGGACCGCCGAGGCUUCGAGCCCAGCGCUGAUCAGCACUCAGUGAUGCAGGAGGAGGAGGAGGAAGAGGAAGGAGGAGCGAGCAGAGCAGCUGAGCCUUUCUGCUUUCAGUCUCUCGUCAGCGUGUGCCAGAGCAGUUUCCUUUGCUGUGCUUCUCUGAGAAACACACACAUCAGAACUCUCUUCAUUGCUGGUUGGGGCAGAGUGCAGAGUGCUGAAUCCUUUCCUCCUCUCCGCCUGGAUCAUGCUGCCCUGGAAAAGGAGCAAGUUUGUGCUGGUGGAGAAUGAGUCCAAAAGCAAGCCGAAAAGUCUUGGAGCCGGACUGACUUAUCAUUCCCUGCUUUCGACUUUGCUCCACUCUUGUCCUGACCUCGUUCCCGACUGUCCGUUUCACUGGCUGGGGAGUGUUUUCCACAGCAAACGCCAAAAAGUGGAGCUCAACAAAGAGGAACCCACCUACAACGUGCGUUACUUGGGUAGCGCGGUUACUAUUAUGGCUAAAGGCGAAGAUUGCACGCAGGAUGCGGUGGCUAAAAUUUGGACUCGCAGCAACUACGGCGAACAGAGCGCCAAGAUGAAGCUCACCGUCGGGCCGCACGGCAUUCGCAUGGGGGUGGAUAAAGGCGGGAAGAAGAAGCCUGUCCAUCUCUAUUCCCUCAACCGUAUCACAUACUGCACCUCUGACCCCUUCCGGCCAAAGAUCUUUGCGUGGAUUUACAGGCAUCAGGUGAAGAAUAAAGCGGUGGUACUACGAUGCCAUGCCGUCCUGCUGGCGAAGGCGGAAAAGGCCCGAGCGCUAGCGCUCAGUCUGUACCAAAACUCAACGUCUGCGUUCACCGAGUUCAAACGACUUAAGCGCCAAUCUGACUUCCGUCAUUGCCAGCAACAGCUGUUGGGCGAGGACAUUGUCCCUCUUAUGCCUCUUAGGAGACUCUUGAAUGGCCAGUGCCACUACCAGCCGCCUACAGAAAAGCCUGGAAGCGCCACACGGCUGUCCUCGAUUACUGAGGAAGAGGAGGAGGAUGAGGACGCACUGAGGGAUGCUGAAUCCACCAACACUACAAACGCCAGCGCUACUGGUUCUUCUCCUCCGGAGAAAGAUUUAGGGAAGAUCGUAAAUAGACUGGAUGAGGUUUCGAUUACCAGCUGGGAUGAAGCACAGAUGACUAUCAGCACUCUGGUGUGACAUCAAAUGGAUACAGUUUAGUGUCCUCACCACUAAGCCUCUGUCCUGUCGCCUUUCCCGCCAACCCACUCCGUCUGGUACGUCCAUCGAUGCACCGUGAAACAGCCCCCCGAAACUGGGGAUAAGGCAGAGGAAGCGUUACACGAGCUGCAUGGAGAGGAAGAGCCAGAAGAA